CCUAUAUGCAAGAGGAAUGCGAAAAAACCAAAACCUGACGCUGAAUCAGAAUGUUGAAGAGUCAUGACCGAAACAGCAGCUUGCGUUGACUCAUUUACGGCUGUUAAGGCACUUUGGGAAGUCAGAAUCCAAAAAAUAAAUGAAGAAAUCCGGAAGCAAAGAGAAUUCAGACAGAGGGCUGCAGGGAGGCUGACGCUUGUUUGGGAAGAGAGGGUCAGCCUGACCAAGCUCAAAGAAAAAGUGAUCACGGAAGAUGGGAGGGUUCUAUUAAAGAUUGAACAUGAAGAAUGGAAGACACUACCUUCUUGCUUACUGAAACUGAAGCACCUCCAGGAAUGGCAGCUUCACAGAACUGGUUUGGUAAAAAUUCCUGAAUUCGUCGGUCACUUUCAAAAUCUCAUUGUGUUAGAUCUGUCUCGAAAUUCCAUUGUGGAGUUGCCUACACAGAUUGGUCAGUUGUCAAAUCUCCAAGAGCUGAACCUCAGUUACAAUAAAAUUAAAACCAUUCCUAAAGAGCUAAGCAAUUGUGUCAGUUUAGAAAGACUGGAGCUGGCAGUCAACAGAGACAUCUGUGAACUUCCCCACCAGCUCAGCAACCUGAAAAGGCUUUAUCACAUAGAUCUGAGUAUGAACCAGUUUACCACCUUCCCAUCAGUCAUCCUGGAUAUGCCUAAUCUAGAAUGGUUAGACAUGGGGAGCAACCAACUGAAAGAAAUCCCUGGAAAUAUUGACAGAAUGGAAAACCUACAUACAUUGUGGCUCCAACGGAAUGAAAUAACUAACGUGCCAGAAGCCAUUUGCAACCUAACAAACCUAAGUACCCUUGUCCUCAGCAGUAACAAGCUUCAGGAUAUUCCUGUUUGCAUGAAAGACAUGACAAACCUGAGAUUUGUAAACUUCAGAGACAAUCCACUGAAGCUGCAGAUUACACUCCCUCCAUGUGAGAAUGAGGAAGAAGAGGAAGAACGAGAAUUGUAUGGAAUUCAGUUCAUGAACGCAUAUAUUGAGGAAUCACUCAGCGGAAAAGUUAUUUUUGCAUACUUAAAAUGA